GAAGACCUCCUGAUCACUCCGUUUGCUCAGAUCCUCCAUAAUUUGAAGAAUGUGAGAAACAAUUACGUCACAUUGACUGAGUCCUACGUGCCGUCUGCAGACACUCCACAUCAAACAUACCACACUCCACACCAUUUCUUAAUAGAUUCUGAUGCGGCUAGAAUGAGUGUGGAAACGUUGGAGGACUUGGAUUGGUGCUUGGUGCAGUUGGAAAAGAUGCAUACACACAGAUCUGUCUCUGACAUGGCCACAACAAAGUUCAAGCGAAUACUGAGCAGAGAGUUGAACCAAUUUUCAGAGACUGGAAGUUCAGCCAGUGAAGUAUCUGAGUACAUCAACAGUACAUUCCUAGACAAACACAAAGAAGAUCAACUUCCGUCGGAAACGGAUGCAAAUGAAUAUCACGUGACCCAUGUCACAUCUUCUGAUGGAGCUAGACUAUCUGGUAGCAGUAGUAGCAGCAACAACAACAACCAAGAAUUUGAAUAUAUGAAUAUUAACAAGAUUUUACAACACGCAUCCGAUUGGUCGUUUGACAUAUUUCGCCUGGCUGACGUCACAAACGACCGCCCACUACUUAUUUUGACUAGUUAUUUAUUUCAGAAGCACAAUUUGUUGAAAGCGUUGAACAUCUCGUCAACAUUGUUGCACAACUUCAUCAACAGCGUUGAACAGAAUUACAAUCGAAAGAACCCCUACCACAACAACAUACACGCCGCUGAUGUCCUCCAAACUAUCUACUUCCUCACACAAACACCUUCCAUAAAGGACAGCCUGACGGACAUGGACCUCAUCGCCACAUUUGUAGCCGCCGCAAUACAUGAUGUUGACCACCCUGGCGUUACCAAUCAGUACCUCGUCAAUUCAGAACUUGAUCUUGCCAUACUAUACAACGACAGAUCAGUUCUAGAAAACCAUCAUUUGGCUGUCGGUUUCACCAUUCUUAAAGACAGGGGUGUCAACAUAUUCAGGAACAUUCCAUCUGCAGUUUACAGGAGCGUUCGACGAAUGAUCAUCGAUAUGGUAUUGGCCACUGAUAUGUCCAUGCACCUGAAGUUGGUGGCUGAUUUGAAGACGACGCUGGAAACACAGAAAGUUAUUGUGGCCGAUGCUAAGGCCUCAAAAUCUGCAUCAUCACCACAACCAACAUUGCUUUCUUCGUCAUCUUCAUCGUCGUCUGUUCAUACUAUUCACGCUGACAGUGAUAACGGGGUCAAGAAAUUAACUUUGGAAAACUUGGAAGUUAAGAAACAGGUUUUUCAGAAUUUGAUACACUGUGCAGACUUGGGCAACCCUUGCAAACCCCUCCCCAUUUAUCAAACUUGGGUCGAGAGAGUUAUGAAAGAAUUUUUCAAUCAGGGAGAUAUGGAAAAACAGCAAGGUCUCGAUGUGAGUCCCAUGUGUAACAGAGAUAUGAUAUCCGUUGAAAAGGCCCAAGUCGGCUUCAUCGACUACAUAGCUCUUCCGCUGUGGGAGGCCUGGGAUGAACUUGUGAGCAACCAGUGCCAGGAAGCUCUUGACAACCUGCUCUUUAACAGGGACUGGUACGAUGCAGAGGAGAAGGCGAAACAAAACAAUCAAAUCAGUUAACUGGCUCUAAAUAAAUUUGUUCAGAAAAUUGUUUAUAAAUUUUUACAUUUGUUUGCUUAUUCACUCAUUUAUGUUUGAACCGUUAUUUACACAUUCAUUCAAACAUUCAUUCAUUCAUUCAUUUAUUCCUCAUCCAUUUGGUUAUUUAAUCAUAUUAUUUAUUCUUUUUUUUGCAUAAUAAUAACAAUAAUAAAAAAUAAUAAUAUUAUAUUGUAACGUUUUUUGUCCGAUUGCCUAACGGUCUGCCAAGAAUCCAUACAACCAAUUUGUCAACCAAUUCAUCAUUCACUUAGUGACUUGUCGACCUUGUGAGCAUAUUUUUAUGGACAUGUCAAAAAUUUGAACGAAUAAAUAAAUGUUGUGUAUGUAAUUUUUACAAUAGAUUCAUACGGAAUACAUUGAAUAUCUUUAUAAGAGACAGCGGUUUAAACUAUGUAUGUUUCACAUUAUGAAUUGUGAAGACAAACAUUUAUUUUUAUAUGAUGUUUUCAUUAUUUUGCCAUUUUUAUAAUAAAUUUUAUGCUAACAA